AUGACGAUGAACUUCAUCGUGGUGGAUGGCCCAUAUGCCUACAAUAAGAUCAAGUUUCUCGUGGAUAACUUGGUCGGCAAAGUUAUGGGCGACCAGCUAACAGCUCGACGGUGCUAUGUCGAAAUGGUCAAGACUAAGUCACGGGCCGUUCGGAAGGCUCAAUGGCUGGAGGUAAAGUUCGCCAUCCCUCAUAAACUUGUCUUCGACAAUGGAAGGCAAUUUCAGGGACGGAAACUCAAAGAGGCCGGACCUUCCAUGAGGCCAAGGAGGCGGCCGCCUCAGGGCCCAUCACAGGAAAGGGCCCAUUUUUUACAAAAAAAAUUUAUAAAAUAUAAGGCCAUACCGAUAAACCCUAUUUUUACAGAGAACAUCGUCGAUUCUCAGUUUCUCACGGAGGCGGCACACACCGACGUUGCAACACGAGCAGACAAUUUCUUUAACUCUUCUCCAGCGUUCUUCCCAAAUCCCACUGAGGUUGAACCUAAAUUGCAAAAGAAUAAUAAAAGAAUAUUGAAAAUGCCUCCUAAAUAUCUAUCUGGAGCUCAAAAGAGAAAAAUGAAACAAAGGGAGGAAGCAUUAACUCAAAGUCAAGCCGGUGAUAUUAACAAAUAUUUUAUUAAAAGUAGCAGAAUAGAAAGAGAAGAAUUUGGGGAUAAUUUGGUGAUUGAAGAACAAAGCCACAAUGAAAAUGAAGAAUUGGUUGAAGCUGCCAAUUUGAUUGAGUCGAAUGAAAACGUAGAAGAAGACUCUCAACCUGAAAAAUUAAAUUCGACUAUGAAUUUGGAGGAUCCUGGAAAUUGGAAUAACAUUGAUCAAAAAUUGAGAGAUUACUUAAUUGAAAUGGGUCCAAAAAGAGUGAAUGAUUUUUUGUUUCCUAAGGAUAGUAACAAUAGACAUUUUGAUUCAGCACAUUAUACACGAGUAAUGGCAAAUGGACAAACAUUAGAUAGAAGAUGGCUUGUAUAUUCUAUUUUAUUGGAUAAAAUAUUUUGCUUCUGUUGCAAGUUGUUCAAGACUGAACAAAUGAUGAGUAGAAUGGGGAAUUUGGGUAAUGAUGGAUACAAAGACUGGCGUAAUAUGCAUAGAAGUCUUAAACAACAUGAAGCUAGUAGAGACCAUAUGGAUUGCAUGAUUGCUUGGGUUGAAUUAGAAAAGAGGCUGAAAAAAAAUCAAACAAUUGAUUACAGUAUGCAACUUCAAAUCAAUAAAGAAAGACAACAUUGGAGGCAAGUGUUAACAAGAAUAAUUUCCAUUGUAAAAACACUUGCCAAAAAUACUUUGGCAUUUCGAGGGGAUGAUGAGAAACUUUAUGUCGAGAACAAUGGGCUAUUUUUGCAAAUGAUAGAAAUGGUUGCUGAGUUUGAUCCAGUGAUGGAGGAGCAUGUUCGACGUUGUGAAGCAAGAGAAUCUCAAUAUACAUAUUUUAGUCCAAAAAUUCAAAAUGAACUAAUAGAGACUUUGGCAAAUGAAGUGAAAAGGGCAAUCAUUGCAAAAGUUAAACAUGCAAAAUAUUUUUCAGUGGAUGACACAUCAGGUCUUGGGUUAUUAAGUGAACUUCUAAAUGUGUUAACUAGAGUUGGACUUGACAUUGAUGACAUAAGAGGACAGGGGUACGACAACGGGUCUAACAUGAGUGGAAGACACAAAGGUGUACAAAAAAGAUUGCUUGAAAUAAAUCCGAGAGCCUUUUACACACCAUGUGGUUGUCAUAGUCUUAAUUUGGCUUUAGUUGAUAUGGUGGAAUGUUGUCCUAAAGCCAAAUCCUUCUUUGGAGUGGUGCAACGCAUCUACACAUUAUUUUCUUCCUCUACAAAGAGAUGGAAAAUUUUUAAAGAUAAGGUGUCUGGUUUGACCGUUAAGCCAUUGUCACAUACCCGUUGGGAAAGUCAUGUUGAAAGUGUUAAAGCCAUAAAAGAGCAAAUUGUAAAUAUAAGAGAUGCUUUACUUGACUUGGCAGAAGUUGCUGAAGAUUCUAAAACAAAGAGUGAUGCGGAGACCUUAGCACUAUAUGAUCUUGAGAGUUUUGAGUUCUUGCUUGGAAUGGUAAUCUGGUAUAAUUUGUUACGAGCAAUAAAUACUGUGAGUAAGUUUAUUCAAUCUGAAGAUAUGGAUAUUGAUAUUGCGAUCAACCUUUUACAAGGACUUGAUCAAUUUCUUGAUAAGUUUAGAGAAGAGGGGUUUGCUAGUUCCAUGAAUGAAGCCGUGCAAAUCGCAAGUGAAAUGGGGAUUGAACCUAAAUUUCGAGAAAAACGUAUCAUUCGAAGAAAGAAACAAUUUGAUGAAAGUUACAAUGAUGAUGUGACACGAUCAGGUGAAGAAUCUUUUAGAGUUGAAUAUUUUCUGUUUAUAAUUGAUCAAGCUCGAUCUUCUCUUCAAGUUCGAUUUGAACAAUUUAAACAAUAUCAAGAGAUUUUUGGGUUUUUAUUGAAUUUGGAAAAGUUAAAGAGUGAGCCUUUAACAAGCCUGAUGAAGUCUUGUAUGCAGCUUCAACAAUUUUUGAGUCACGAUAGACGUUCAGAUAUUAAUGGCGAUGAGUUGUGUUCAGAGUUGAUGGUCGUGAGAUGCUAUUUAACAAAUGAGAAAAGAGCAAUUGAUAUGCUACAAUGUUUGACAAAACUGAAUGGUUUAUUCCCAAAUACUUACAUUGCCUAUAAGAUUUUGUUAACAAUACCAGUAACAGUUGCAUCGGCAGAAAGAAGUUUCUCGAAGUUGAAGUUAAUUAAGAAUUAUCUUCGAUCAACAAUGUCACAGGAUAGACUAAAUGGGCUAGCAAUGUUGUCGAUUGAGAAAGAAAUAGUCAGAGAAUUAGAUUAUGCAAAUUUGAUAAAUAUUUUUGCUUCUAAAACAGCUAGACGAGUAGUUUUUAUGUAA